GGGUAAGAUGUUAUAUUUUGGUCCUUUCUAUAACUUAUCAGUAAAUAUCCUUGGAUAAAAAUGAAUAAAUGUUAAUCGACCAUUUGAUAUGGGCAAGAUGAAACACCCUGGCUUGUGAGCCACAAUUCCUGAGGAUUACUCUUGAAAUCCUGAGGGUAGAACGAGCAGUUAUCCCUCGGGACCCAACCUAAUAAUCUAGUGCAGGUGGAGAGAGUGAGUUUAAGAGCCUCUACACUAGUCAUCAGAAGAAAAGUCACAUGAACUUUAUUCAAAACCUUCCAAUCUGAUAGGCCCAGCCAGAGAACAAAGGGUCACCUCCAUCAUGAUAAAGCAUCAGAGGGGAAGACCUUUAGUGCCUGCAACAUGGUGGAAAAAGUUGCUGGACUUGGCAUCACAAGAAUAGCGGUCAAGUCUCAGACCUGCUGUUGCUGUUUGGUGGUUAGAUGACCUUUGGCAUUCUACCCCACCUUUGUGACUCUUCGUUCUGUUCUAACUGUGUCAUGGCAACAGAUGUUGACUCUGAAUAACUGUGCAGUUGUUUUCAGAUAUCUGAAAGCUUAGGUGAGCUGCUAUUAUGAAGCUCACUAGAUGUAUGAGAGUGUUUAAUGGUAUUAAGCGUUUAUUUACCCGGAAGAGAAAGCGCAGAGAUGAGCCAACCAGCCCAAGCAUUGAUCAGGAUGUGGCACAUAUUCCUGCUUCUGCUGUCAUUUCAGCAUCCACCUCUCAUGUGCCCACUAGAGCACAGAUUCCUCCCAGCCUUCCAAGUUCAGCCCCUUUAAUUUGCUGUCAGCUGUCACACGACCAUGAUGACACCAGUCCUCCAGAAGGCACGUGGAGAAAAGGCAUUGCAAACGUUAAGAACAAAACACUUCCGAAAAAGCCUGUAGGAACCUUUGGGGUCACCCUUGGUGACUGCCUGCCAGCUCACACGAAUCCGUACAUUCCACGCAUAGUUGAGAUCUGCUGCCAGUUGAUUAAGGAAAGAGGACUUCACCAUACAGGGAUUUAUAGAGUUCCUGGAAAUCAUGCUGCCAUCUAUAGGAUGCAAGAAGAACUCAGCAAAGGAAUGGCUGACAUCAAUCUACAGGAUGAUAAAUGGCAAGACUUGAAUGUUAUCAGCAGUCUGCUGAAACUGUUCUUCAGAAAACUCCCUGAGCCUCUCUUCACAAAUGGUAAGUUAUCUUCUGUAAAAUCAGUUUAAUUGUCCUACCCCUAUGUUUUAAUUUAAAGAAGAGUAUAAAGAAAGUAAAGUUCUCUGGUAGUAAACUGGGAUUUGGGGGGGGUGGUAAAUUUCGCUAUUUAGAAUCCAUGGAAACAAGUUUAUUGACAUUCAGCCAAGCUACAUUGUUGGGCUCCUCCUUAUUUCUGGCUCAGAAUAACAUUUCUUACUCUCCCCAGACAGAAUCUUUAAACAUGUUAGUGUACAUGACCUUUAUUUACAUGUUUUUAGUAAAUCAACAAAUCCUUGCUGAGCA